AUGCUCGCAGGCGAAGGAAUCUUUGACGUAUCCAAUCGUUGGUUGAGUUUAUGGUCGGCAAAAUCGUUUAAAGAACAACGAUCAACAGAUUACAUGUACACUUAUUUAGGUUUAACAUUGGGUACACUAGUCAUUGCUUUAAUACGUGCACAGUAUUAUUUUUAUCUAAUUUUAUCCGGUUCCAACCAUUUUCACAAUCAAAUGCUGAAAGGAAUGUUGUACACAUCACUUCGAUUUUUCGAAAGUAAUCCAAGCGGUCGAAUCCUCAAUCGUAUCAGUAAAGAUCAACAAGUCAUUGAUGAACUAUUGCCUAUGACGUUGUUCGAUGCUGUGCAAUGCUUACUGAUGACAAUUGGUUCGUUGGUUAUUAUUGGUAUUGUCAAUCCGUGGGUUUUACUGAUACUUGUUCCUCUAUUACCUGCUUUCUGGUGGUUCCGUCGGUUCUAUUUACAAUCAAGUCGACAAAUCAAACGAUUAGAAAGUAUUACACGUAGUCCUGUUUAUGCAUUGUUUUCUUCUUCAUUAAAUGGCGGAUUGCCAACAAUUCGAGCAUUCAACGUUCAGCAAGAUUUCGUGGAUUUGUUUAUCAAUCGAGUGGAUACAAAUUCACGUGCUUUCUUCAUUCUCAUCGCAGCCGUACGUUGGUUCGGACUACGACUUGAUCUAAUGACUUCACUACUUUCCUUGAUAACAUCCGUAUUAACAAUUGCAUUCCGUCAUCAAAUUGAUCCAUCAUCGGCAGCGUUAAGUUUGAUGUAUUGCAUAAAUCUCACAAUGCUCUUUCAGUGGGCUGUUCGACAAUCAGCUGAAGCCGAAAACUAUAUGACAAGUGCAGAACGAAUCUAUGAAUAUGGACAACUGGUAGCAGAAGAAAAUGAUCAGGAAUUAUUCGUUCAACCACCGGAUGAUUGGCCGAAUCAAGGUAUUAUCGAAUUUAAAAAGUAUUCAAUGCGCUAUCGAAUUGAAUUGGAACCAGUUCUGAAUGAUAUCGAUGUUCAUAUUGAAUCAAAAGAAAAAAUUGGAAUUAUCGGUCGAACAGGUGCAGGAAAAUCUUCUCUCUUUCAAGCCAUAUUUCGUCUAGUUGAUCGACAGUCAACAAAUGGUCAAAUUCUUAUUGAUGGUAUUGACAUCAAUGCUAUUUCUUUACACCAUCUGCGUUCACGUUUGAGUGUCAUCCCACAGAUGCCCAUUUUAUUUGCUGGAACACUUCGUUUCAACUUAGAUCCAUUCGAACAAUAUUCAGAUGAACAAUGUCUUCUAGCGCUUGAAUCAGUUCAAUUAAAAACCAUCGUUACAAAUCAUGCUGAUGGUCUUCAACAAUUAGUAUCCGAAUCGGGUAGUAAUUUCAGUGCAGGACAAUGUCAAUUGAUAUGUGUAGCACGUGCUAUUUUAAAACAAAGUAGAAUUCUGAUGAUCGAUGAGGCAACAGCGAACGUCGAUCGAAUGACAGAUUCAUUGAUUCAAAAUGUUAUUAAAGACAAGUUUCAAGAUCGAACUAUUUUAACUAUUGCUCAUCGACUGAAUACUGUUGCGAAAAGUGAUCGCAUUUUGGUAUUGAAUCAAGGAAUGAUAGCGGAUUUCGAUGUUCCACAAAAUGUCUUGUCUAAACAUGGACUUCUUCAACAAAACAGCAUUAACUAG